GUAUUUUUAUAUUAAAAAUAAGAAAAGAGGCCCAAAUUUUUUUUAUUUUUUUAUAUAAAAAUAUUUUUUUAUAAAAAACGGGUAACGUAGGGUAAAAUAACCCAGUUCAGCCCAACCCACAGAUAACCCAACCCAGUUUAUAUCCAACCUGCAGAAAUCAAGAAACAUCAAGGUUGAAAUCCAAACCCAAAAAAUAACCCAAUAAGGUAUAGGUUUACCCUUAGGUACCCAAAAUAUUAUCUUAUUUAUCCUAAAAAUAUUAUGUAAAAUAUUAAUAUCAUUAAUGUCAGCUUUAAUAUAUAAACAAGAUUUCGCAAUUUUAUAGAAAAACUUGUUUUAGCGCAAAAACUCAUUUACGAUUUUGGCGGGAAAAAUCCGUUUUCAAUUUUGACGGGAAAACUCGGUUUUGCGGUUUCGGCAGGAAAAUUCGAUUUUCCGGUUUUGGCGGGAAAACUCAUUUUGUGAUUUUGGAAGGAAAACUCGAUUCUGCGAUUUUGGCGGGAAAACUUGCUUUGCGGUUUUGGCGGGAAAACUCGUCUUUGCGAUUUCGGCAGGAAAACUCGGUUUUUCGAUUUCGGCGGGAAAACUUGGUUUUUCGGUUUCGGCGGGAAAAUUCGGUUUUGCGGUUUUGGCGGGAAAACUCGGUUUUGCGGUUUUGACGAGAAAACUCGGUUUUACGGUUUUGGCGGGAAAACUCGGUUUUGCGGUUUUGGCGAGAAAACUCGGUUUUGCGGUUUUGGCGAGAAAACUCGGUUUUGCGGUCUUUAGUCAAAAACUCGGUUUUGCGGUUUUUAGUCGGAAAACUCGAUUUUAAGGUUUUGGCGGAAAACCCGGUUUUGAGGUUUUGGUGGGAAAAUUCAGUUUUGCGGUUUUGGCGAGAACACUCGGUUUUGCGGUUUUGACGGGAACACUUGGUUUUAUGGUUUUGGUGGAAAAACUCGGUUUUGCGGUUUCGGCGGGAAAACUUGGUUUUGCGGUUUCGGCGGGAAAACUCGGUUUUGCGGUUUCGGCGGAAAAACUCGGUUCUACGGUUUCGGCAGGAAAACUUGAUUUUUCGGUAUUGGCGGAAAAACUCAUAUUUUUGUUUCUGUGAGAUAAUUUAUUUUUACGGUUUUGGCGAAAAAAUUCAUUUUUUGAUUUUGACAGAAAACACGUUUUUGCAAAUUUUAUAUAAUUUGAUUAAAAUGGUAAAAAUAUAAUAAUAUAACUGAAAACCCAUGGGUACACCAUUACCCUUCUAUAUUUACCCAACAUAAAUAUGGGUUUCAAAAUUAGUACCCAUGAUCGACCCAAUAAAUCUUAGACGGGUAAAAACCCAACCCAUUAUUAGUGGGUUUAGGUAAACUCAUAGGUAACUACCCAUGUUAACAUCCCUACAUGACACCAUUGAGUCGGCCCUGUUUGCAUGUAUUAAAACUUUUGUGGUAUUUCUAGAGAUGAAGAGAAAUAACACACAACAUUCUUUACCUCGAUCGAUAUUACACCUUGUAUCUCAGGUUUGUUGUUGUUCUUCCUCAGUUUAUUUCGUUUGAUAAAUCGCUCUUAUUGAUUAGGAUCCCUAGAUCAAGGGGUCUUCUUUCCUUUCCUUCACUUAUGUCCUAGUAACUCGUUGUUUCUUUUGCAUAGUUCGGGUUUUAGUAGUUGAUAUGUGUUCAAAAAAAAAAGUAGUUGAUAUGUUUUGUUCUGCUUUUAUAUAUCAGUGAAAAGAUUUGCGCUUCAGAAAUAAUGGCGGCUAUCCCCGAGCUUAACUCUGAUGCUGGAUUGAAGAAGCUUGACGAUUAUCUUCUCACUCGCAGUUACCUUACGGGGUACAAAGCUUCAAAAGAUGAUCUCACCAUCUUUGUGUGUCUUUCAAAUCCCCCAUCUUCACAGUAUGUGAACUCAUCUCGCUGGUACAAACACAUUGUUGCCCUCUUGAAGACCUCUGGUGUCUCUGAUGAAAGAAUUGGUGUCAGUGUUGAGGGAUCAUCCCCAAUCACAGAAGGGGACGUUGCUACACUCCCUGCAGCUGAUUUUAAGGAUGAUGAUAGUAAUGAAGAGGAUGAUGAUGUUGACCUUUUCGGAGAGGAGACGGAAGAGGAAAACAAGACAGCUGAAGAGAGAGCAGUUUCUGUCAAGACAUCUACAAAGAAGAAGGAAUCUGGGAAGUCAUCAGUUUUAAUUGAUAUCAAGCCUUGGGAUGAUGAGACUGACAUGAAGAAGCUAGAGGAAGCUGUGAGAUCCAUUCAGACGGAAGGACUAUUUUGGGGAGCAUCAAAGCUUGUCCCGGUUGGUUAUGGAAUCAAGAAGUUGCAGAUCAUGUGCACCAUAGUUGACGAACUUGUGUCUGUUGACACCAUGAUUGAAGAGCAGCUCACCGUCGAACCAAUCAAUGAGUACGUCCAGAGUUGUGACAUUGUUGCCUUCAACACGAUUUGAAAGAAGUCUCUGUGUGUUUAUGCAGUCUGGUUCUUAGUCUAUAUUUUGAUUUACUAUUGCUUUUGCAUUAUUUUUCAUGAAGUUGUAUUCCAUCUAAUCUCAAUACAAGUCGAAGUUAUUAUACUACAUAUAUAUAUAUCCGUAGGAAGAAUAUAAAUUUGUCUUAAUGAAAAUAUCAAAACGGUUUAAGAUGUAUAUAUGUCAGCAACAUAAAACGCUACAUAAACAAACUUAUCUCAAUGAACAACCAUUAUUUUUCGUUUUCCUCGGGCACUUGUGUAAAUGGUGUGUUGGUGAAGCAACUUUCUUCAAGAAGAAGGGCAACAUAACCCUGGAUUCCCUUCAAAGAUUUGAGAUGGGAGAAGAGAGUUAAGUCGACUGGGUGGCUUAUUCUUAAGAAAGAGAGGCUGAGAGUAUGGAGAUCAACUAACUUUUGAAAGUAGGAAUCUAUGAUCUCUGCUCCAAGAAUGGUUAUUCCCAAGGUGUAAAGACCAAAGCUUAUAGAAAGAACUCUUAAGGUUAUUUCAAAUGAACCAGUGAGGUGAUUGUCACUCAAAGCAAGGGGAGAAGAACAGAAGACUAUGGUGCUGUUCGUUUGGUUGCCGCAGGUACCGGCGGCAGCGGCAGCGUCAACAUUCGGCGUCAACUCUUGUUCGUUUCGUUGACGCAGGCAGCUGCGUCUGACGCUGCGUUCGAACGCCGCGUCCUGCGGCUGACGCCGAUAAAACCAGCGGUCGCGACAUAAAACCUGCGGCCAAUAAGUCGGGGAAAGUUUGACGCAGCUCCAUCUCUAUCUUUCUCUCUCGAUCUCCAUUCUAGAACCAGUGAAGACCUCGAGAGCUCUCUCCAUCUCGUGCUCUCUCCAUCUCAAGCUCUCUCUCUAUCUCGAGCUCCCUCUCUCUCUCUCCAUCUCGAGCUCUCUUCAUCUCGGGCUCUCUCUCCGUCACGAGCUGUCUCCAUCUCAGGCUCUCUGGCUCUCUCUCCGUCACGAUCUGUCUCCAUCUCGGGCUGUCUCUCUUCUCCGAAGAAAACCCAUCUCCGAUCUCAUCUCGAAGCUUUCUUCUCCGAGCUCAUCUCAUCUCCAAGCUCUCUCUUCUCCUUUUCUCGUUGAGGUACGUUUGAUGCUAGUGAAAUAGAGUUUCAACAUUCUGAUUAUUGAAUCUCUGAUGAUUGUUUGAUUCCAUUGCUGUAACUAGGAAUCAUAGUGAAAUAGGCCUAGCUGUAACUCCCUUUCUUUGCCUUCAUGGUUCCAUUGCUGGUCUGUUCUUUUAAUAUAAACGAUGGGUUGUCUUCUGAGUGUAGCUUUUGGGGUUUCUAAAUUUAAAGUGCAGGCUACAAAAACAUCCUAUUGUAGUUAGUACGUAUUGGUUUACGAGUCUGCACUCAUGGGGAAGCUUAAAGGGUUGCUAUAUGUAACUUCGAUAUGAAGUUCAUAUAUGCAUAUGUCGGUGUACCUGGUAGAGCACAUGAUACCAAAGUCUUGACUCAUUGUGCGAGAAACGAGGCUUCUUUUCCACAUCCUCCUCCCGGAAAGUAUUAUUUAGUUGACUCCGGAUAUCCGACCAGGACAGGGUAUCUUGGUCCGCAUCGUAAUAUGCGAUAUCAUCUUAGUCAGUUUGCUACAGGAGGACCACCAGUUAGUGCAAGAGAGAUAAAAUGGUGAUGAUGGAGAAGGAGAAGCUGAUAGUGACGGUGAUGAAGAAGAAGGUGACGAUGAUGAUGAUGAUGAAGAUGAUGUUGGUGUUGGAGGUGGUGGUGGUGGACAUAUUGUAUAUGAGCCGACAGGUGAUAGAGCGAUGGAAGAUUUGCGUGAUAACAUCACAAAUGAAUAUGGUAGAGGUCGUUUACCGUAUUAAAUGUUUUAGUUGAUGAUUUAAUUUUUUUUUUGCUUAUAACUUUGAUUGUCAUUUAAAUGUGAUAUUUAUUUAAGACUUGAUGUAAUAUUUAGCUUUUGUUUAUGAUAAAUAUUUUGAAUUAUUAUUUUGUUUCUAAUUUAGCUUAUGAUGUAUGAAAAAAAAUUGUUACA